CUUGGGCGAUCUGUCGAUUCAUCCCUUCUCAUCACCCACGAUUGGUAAACAUGGAUCCCUCCAAACCAGAAACCUUCAACCAUCGGACCGAUUUGUUGUCCACGGGUCGGACAUAUCACUUCGUGGAUCAAGUCCCUGAGAACUAUAAACACGGCGAAACUCCGGUCCUACUUCUCUUGCAUGGAUUCCCGGAUCUGUGGUAUGCUUGGAGAAACCAAAUUGGUCCUUGGUGCCGUCAUGGAUGGCGUGUGAUUGCCCCUGAUAUGCUCGGUUACGGAGGGACGUCCAAGCCAUACGAAGCUUCUGAGUACACGACCGACAAGAUAUCCAAGGACUUGUCUGCUUUGUUGGAUUUCCUGACCCUCGAGCGCGUGAUUGUGAUCGGUCACGACUGGGGUUCAUAUGCCGCGGGCAAGUUCUGUCAAUGGCAAGGCAAUCGCGUCCAGGCCGUUGCUAUGCUUGCUGCUCCUCUGAUUCCAAGACUACCCGUCUUCCUUUCUCUGGAGGCGAUAGCAGAAAAACUGCCGGACUGGAACUACAUGGUUUUUAUGGCCAGCGACCGCUCUCCGGCCCUGUUCGAUAAGAAUACUGCGCUCGGAAUAGAUAUUUUGUUCCGUUCGAGUAAGACAUGGAUAAAAGGUAUCACUUCCAACAACGGUUUGGAGAAUGUUCUUGAGUCGGGAGAAGCGGGGCGUGGAGAUCUGCUAAAUGACGAAGAACUUGCGUACUACACUCAGAAUCUAGAAGGAGGCUUCAGAGGUCCUACGAACUGGUAUCGCGCAUUCGAGCUUAGCUGGCAGGUAGAGACAGUUGCAAAUGUUAAUCAAGUCAUUCCGACUGCCUUGCCCGCAGUGUUCGUUCAACCUAUGGAGGACCCCACGGCUCCCCAGGGUGCUAUCGACGCGAUGAAGACUAUUGUUCCAGGUUUGGAAAUCAUUCAAUAUGAAGGUGCUGGUCACUGGAUAUUGCUCGAUCGUGCCGAUGAUGUUUCUCGGGACUUGAUGGCGUGGAUAGAUAAAGUCCUGGAGCAGAAAGGCAAGCUAUGA